AUGAACGCGAGUAUUAUUCCUUCAUUUAUUACCAACCACGACCAUCUCGCUAUACCGGGCUCUCCAUCCCUCUUUCCCUACCCUGCACUACCACAGAUCCAACAUUUGCACUCGCCAUUGACCAAGACACUGGCUUGUCCAGGCGGUGAGCCCGCCAAGCUGUCCAUGGCGCACGCAAUGGCAGGCGGCCGCUUUGACUCCGGCACGUCGAGCGACGACGAUGAAAACGUGGAGCCCACCAAGACCUAUGGAUGCAGUAGUGCCACGAUUUCACCGCUUCGUCAGUCGGAUGAAGGAGAAGCGGUCAGUGGUAUUGCGGCCAUGAGUCUCAGCUUCAUCAUCAAUGGUGAGAUGAAGCAGGCUCCACAGGACUUGCAUGUGGACGACGACGAUAGUGGCAGCAGUGCCGGUGGCAGCACGCGCGGCGGGUUUGACCUCUCGUCCAUGCUCAAUACAGUUUGUGCCAAGCCCGACUGCUACCGCACCAUUCGUGGACCGAGUGGCACGUUCUGCAAGUAUCACAAGCAGGGUCGUUUCUGCCGUGCCGACGGUUGUGCAAAGAGUGCCAAGACUGGUGGCUUCUGUAUCUCGCACGGAGGAGGUAAGCGUUGCGCACACCCGGAAUGCAACAAGAGCGCCAAGCAAGGCGGACUUUGUAUUUCACAUGGUGGGGGCAAGCGAUGCAGCGAAGCAGGUUGUACCAAAUCAGCACUCGUGGGCGGUUUCUGCUCGGCUCACGGUGGAGGACGCAAGUGCAAAAUGCCAGAGUGUACCAAGACCGCACUUUUGGGAGGACUGUGCAUUGCGCACGGCGGAGGAAAGCGCUGUCAGGUUGAAGGUUGCUCCAAGAGUGCUGUGGGUGGCAUUCUUUGCGUCUCACAUGGUGGCGGUAAACGCUGCCAAGCUGAGGGUUGCAAUAAAGGUGCCGUACGAAAUGGGGUAUGUAUUCGCCAUGGUGCCAAGCGCGACCAGAAGUCGGUAUCGCCCUAG